AUGGAUCUCGAUCCAAUGAUAUCAAGUUCACAAGAAGAUUAUUCUUAUUCAGAUUAUGAUAAUCGACCUAUUAGACCAAUGAAUCAAGAAGCACUUAAUGAAACACUUGCAAGAUUACCUAUACUUAUCGAUGAAGAUGAUUAUAAUAAUCGAACUAAUGGUACUUCUGAUGCAAAUAUAAAUAAUAAAACUCGAUUAACGAAUCGUCGACAACCUAUACUUGCCUAUUCGACAAGACGAAAAAAUCUCCAAACAUCAACUUCUAAUACUAAUAAUAAUCAAUCUUUAUUACAUGUAAAUACAACAAUUGGAACACCGAAGAGUAAUAAACGUAAAUUAGGUGGAUGUACACCAACUGUUACUCCAUCAGCAAAUAAAGUUAUCAAACAACUUGAUUGCCGGCAAGAAUUAGUACAAUUGAAAGAAGAAAAUAAAAUUCUAUCAGAAGCUAAAGAAAACUUACAACUUGAAUGUGUUUUAUUAAAAAAUUCACAUGAAGCUGAAUUGGAAAAUCUCAAUCAAGAACAUCAACAUACUAUUGAUGCACUUGUUCAAGAAUAUAAAUUACAACGUGAACAGUUCGAUGCAUCUAUUGCCGAUAAAGAACAGUCACUCAUUCAAACUAAUCUUGAACUUGAUAAUCUUCGUAAUGAUCAUACAUUAUUAUUACUUGAAAAAGAAACAUUGGAAAAAAUUGUUGCCGAAUAUCAAUUAUUUAAAGAAGAAAUGACUAAUAAAUUAAAUGAAAAUGAAAUAACAAUUAAAAAUCUUCAAGAAGAAAUUGAAAAAUUAACUAAAAUUCAAGAACAACAAAAACAAGAAAAACAAUUAGUAAAUAAAUCUACAUUAACUAAUGGUCGCAUGCCAAUGAAAGGAACAACAAGUGAUCGACCAAGAACGCUAGGUAGUACUGUUCCUUCAAAUACAAAGAAUGAAACAAUUCGAGCAAAAACCAGUACGAAAGUUUCAAUUACACGAGGAACUAAAAAAGAUGAACGCAUCACAACACCACCAUCAUCAGUUAAUACAAGCUUAAAUAAAUCAAAUUCUUCAACAUGUUCAUCAGCAUCAACAUUAAAAUUACCUCCAUCAAAAUCUAAAAGUAAACCUAGUGUUAUUAUUGAAGAUAAAAAGAAAUCUGUAUCUUCGAUGCCAUCUAUUGAUAAACGAAUAAGUCUUAUAUCAACACGUACAAGAUCAAAAGUAGUUCCUACAAAAUCAUAA